AUGGGGCAGGCGGGCUGCAAGGGGCUCUCCCAGUCGCUGUUGGACUACAAGACCGAGAAAUAUGUCAUCGCCAAGAACAAGAAGGUGGGCCUGCUCUACCGGCUGCUGCAGGUCUCCAUCCUGACCUACCUGGUGGUGUGGGUGUUCCUGGUGAAGAAGGGUUACCAAGACACCGACACCUCCCUGCAGAGCAGUAUCAUCACGAAAGUCAAGGGCGUGACCUUCACCAACACCUCUGAGCUCGGAGAGCGACUUUGGGAUGUUGCCGACUACGUCAUCCCACCCCAGGGAGAGAACGUCUUCUUUGUCAUCACCAACUUGAUCGUGACCCCCAACCAGCAGCAGAAAACCUGUGCUGAGAGUGAAAGCAUUCCGGAUGCCUUGUGUUACAGAGACAGUGACUGCCCUCCUGGGGAGCCCGUUGUGGCUGGAAAUGGAGUGCGGACUGGCCGCUGCCUUCGGGUGGGGAACAUGCAAAGGGGCACCUGCGAGAUCUUCGCCUGGUGCCCAGUGGAGACAAAGUCCAGGCCAGCGAAGCCACUCCUGGGCAAGGCUGAAGACUUCACCAUUUACAUAAAGAACUUCAUCCGUUUCCCCAAAUUCAACUUCUCCAAGACCAAUGUGCUGGACACCAAAGACAAGGCUUUCCUGAAGUCCUGUCACUUUGGCCCCGAGAACCCCUACUGCCCCAUCUUCCGACUGGGGUCUGUGGUCAGCUGGACGGGGAGCAACUUCCAGGAGAUAGCCCUGCAGGGUGGUGUGAUAGGAAUUCAGAUUGAAUGGGAUUGUGAUCUUGAUAAAGCUCCUUCUGAAUGCAACCCUCGCUAUUCUUUUAGCCGUCUGGACAACAAAUUUUCAGAAAACUCCAUCUCCUCUGGGUACAACUUCAGGUUUGCCAAAUAUUACCGAGAUGGAGCUGGAGUGGAGUUCCGCACCCUCAUGAAGGCCUAUGGGAUCCGCUUUGAUGUGAUGGUGAAUGGCAAGGCAGGGAAGUUCAACAUCAUCCCCACAAUCAUCAACAUUGGCUCUGGGGUGGCGCUCAUGGGUGCUGAAACACCCCCACCCCUCCGUGCUGCGGCUGGAGUGGCCCUCUGGUGGACGAGACGGGCGUGUGCACCAUGCGCUCUGGUCCGAAGCCCCUGUGAACAGGGGGCUUUCUUCUGUGACUUGGUACUUAUCUACUUAAUCAAGAAGAGCCACUUUUACCGAGACAAGAAGUACGAGGAAGUGAGCGUCCUACGGGUCCUGGCUGAGUCCUCGCAACAGGACGGGACCCCAGAGGCAGAGGAGGCGGCGGCGGGGCCUGGGUUGGCCAAGCAGCCAGAGGCACAGCACGGAGGCGGCAGCCAGACGGAGAAUGGCUGCCCGCCAGGUGUUUCCGGUCACAGCCAUCUCUUCUGCACCUUGGGAUCUUACUACAAGCUUUUCGUUGUGUGUCAGGGGAGGGAAGCCUCCUAG